GUUAGUUUUGCAGAGACUGGGUCUGCAGCGCUCCACCGGGUGCCGGCGACAGACGCCACAAAACAGCUGCAGGAACGGUGGCUCGUUCCAGGCACCCAGGGCCCGAGAAAGAGGCGCGGGUAGCACGCGCGGGUCACGUGGGCGAUGCGGGCGUGCGCCCUUGCACCCGCGGGAGGGGAUGGGGAAAAGGGGCGGGGCCGGCGCUUGACCUCCCGUGAAGCCUAGCGCGGGGAAGGACCGGAACUCCGGGCGGGUGGCUUGUUGAUAAUAUGGCGGCUGGAGCUGCCUGGGCAUCCCGAGGAGGCGGUGGGGCCCACUCCCGGAAGAAGGGUCCCUUUUCGCGCUAGUGCAGCGGCCCCUCUGGACCCGGAAGUCCGGGCCGGUUGCUGAAUGAGGGGAGCCGGGCCCUCCCCGCGCCAGUCCCCCCGCACCCUCCGCCCCGACCCGGGCCCCGCCAUGUCCUUCUUCCGGCGGAAAGUGAAAGGCAAAGAACAAGAGAAGACCUCAGAUGUCAAGUCCAUUAAAGCUUCAAUAUCCGUACAUUCCCCACAAAAAAGCACUAAAAAUCAUGCCUUGCUGGAGGCUGCAGGACCAAGUCAUGUUGCAAUCAAUGCCAUUUCUGCCAACAUGGACUCCUUUUCAAGUAGCAGGACAGCCACACUUAAGAAGCAGCCAAGCCACAUGGAGGCCGCUCAUUUUGGUGACCUGGGCAGAUCUUGUCUGGACUACCAGACUCAAGAGACCAAAUCAAGCCUUUCUAAGACCCUUGAACAAGUCUUGCACGACACUGUUGUCCUCCCUUACUUCAUUCAAUUCAUGGAACUUCGGCGAAUGGAGCAUUUGGUAAAAUUUUGGUUAGAGGCUGAAAGUUUUCAUUCCACAACUUGGUCACGAAUAAGAGCACACAGUCUAAACACAGUGAAGCAGAGCUCACUGGCUGAGCCUGUCUCUCCAUCUAAAAAGCAUGAAACCACAGCAUCUUUUUUAACUGAUUCUCUUGACAAGAGAUUGGAAGAUUCCAGCUCAGCACAGUUGUUUAUGACUCAUUCAGAAGGAAUUGACCUGAAUAAUAGAACUAACAGCACUCAGAAUCACUUGCUGCUUUCCCAGGAAUGUGACAGUGCCCAUUCUCUCCAUCUUGAAAUGGCCAGAGCAGGAACUCAUCAAGUUUCCAUGGAAACACAAGAAUCUUCCUCUACACUUACAGUAGCCAGUAGAAAUAGCCCCGCUUCUCCACUAAAAGAAUUGUCAGGAAAACUAAUGAAAAGUAUAGAACAAGAUGCAGUGAAUACUUUUACCAAAUAUAUAUCUCCAGAUGCUGCUAAACCAAUACCAAUUACAGAAGCAAUGAGAAAUGACAUCAUAGCAAGGAUUUGUGGAGAAGAUGGACAGGUGGAUCCCAACUGUUUCGUUUUGGCACAGUCCGUAGUCUUUAGUGCAAUGGAGCAAGAGCACUUUAGUGAGUUUCUGCGAAGUCACCAUUUCUGUAAAUACCAGAUUGAAGUGCUGACCAGUGGAACUGUUUACCUGGCUGACAUUCUCUUCUGUGAGUCAGCCCUGUUUUAUUUCUCUGAGUACAUGGAAAAAGAGGAUGCAGUGAAUAUCUUACAGUUCUGGUUGGCAGCAGAUAACUUCCAGUCUCAGCUUGCUGCCAAAAAGGGCCAAUAUGAUGGACAGGAGGCACAGAAUGAUGCCAUGAUUUUAUAUGACAAGUACUUCUCCCUCCAAGCCACACAUCCUCUUGGAUUUGAUGAUGUCGUACGAUUAGAAAUUGAAUCCAAUAUCUGCAGGGAAGGUGGGCCACUCCCCAACUGUUUCACAACUCCAUUACGUCAGGCCUGGACAACUAUGGAGAAGGUCUUUUUGCCUGGCUUUUUGUCCAGCAAUCUUUAUUAUAAAUAUUUGAAUGAUCUCAUCCAUUCGGUUCGAGGAGAUGAAUUUCUGGGCGGGAACGUGUCGCUGACUGCUCCUGGCUCUGUUGGCCCUCCUGAUGAGUCUCACCCAGGGAGUUCUGACAGCUCUGCGUCUCAGUCCAGUGUGAAAAAAGCCAGUAUUAAAAUACUGAAAAAUUUUGAUGAAGCGAUAAUUGUGGAUGCGGCAAGUCUGGAUCCAGAAUCUUUAUAUCAACGGACAUAUGCCGGGAAGAUGACAUUUGGAAGAGUCAGUGACUUGGGGCAAUUCAUCCGAGAAUCUGAGCCUGAACCUGAUGUAAAGAAAUCAAAAGGAUCCAUGUUCUCACAAGCUAUGAAGAAAUGGGUGCAAGGAAAUACUGAUGAGGCCCAGGAAGAGCUAGCUUGGAAGAUUGCUAAAAUGAUAGUCAGUGAUGUUAUGCAGCAGGCACAGUAUGAUCAACUGUUAGAGAAAUCUACAAAGUUAUGACUCAAAACUUGAGAUAAAGGAAAUCUGCUUGUGAAAAAUAAGAGAACUUUUUUCCCUUGGUUGGAUUCUUCAACACAGCCAAUGAAAACAGCACUAUAUUUCUGAUCUGACACUGUUGUUUCCAGGAGAGAAUGGGAGACAAUCCUAGACUUCCACCAUAAUGCAGUUACCUGUAGGCAUAAUUGAUGCACAUGACGUUCACACAGUGAGAGUCUUAAAGAUACAAAAUGGUAUUGUUUACAUUACUAGAAAAUUAUUAGUUUUCCAAUGGCAAUAACCCAUUUAUGAGAGUGUUUUAGCCUACUGGAAUAGACAGGGACCACAUCCUCUGGGAAGCAGAUAAGCAUAGAACUGAUACUUGAUGCACACUCGUAGCAGUAACUCAUCCCUAACAGCAUCGUAAAGCAGGUGCCAGAGGUGCUUUGCUUUGUUCUUCCAAAGCAGGUGAGUCAGCCCCACCGAGAGCCAGGCUGCUUUGAGUGGCAGUGUGGUGCUAGCAGCUUCAGUGGAACAGGGUGAGAGUUAAUUAUGCAGUCUUCCUUGACAGCGGCAUUAAUUUGGAAGGAAACUGACAAGUCAUGGGUCAAGUUUCAGUGACUUCUUCCUUCCUCUGAUGGCAGUAUACAGUUUUCACAUUUUAAUUCCUCCUCCUGAGAUGCACUAUACUUAAAACCAUUCUCUCCCCUGCUAACAGAAGGGUGUGAAUCUGGUUUACUUUGAGCAUUAGGAUUGUGCCCCUCUGGAAUUCUGCACUCCAGUUACUUAACUUUCCCUUCAGAAUACAUGUGGAAAGAAAGAAAUAGCGAUGACUCCAAUUUUGGCCCUGUGGCACCUUGAACAAAACAGUUCUUCCCAAAUUAUACUUUAAAAAAAAAAAAUAAGGUGAGCAGGAUGACUGGGGAGAGAGAAACAUUCGAGUUUGACUGCCUCCCCCAUUCUUUGCUAUGAGCUGGAAAGUGUGCAGUUGGUGGUCUUUCUUCUCCUUUCUUUAGGACAGUAAGAGACUCACUGCACUUCUGCUCAGUUGGCUUCUGCAUCGGGAUCGCACAGCCAUCAGCAGGGCUGCCCAGUUGGUGAGCACACUCCAUUGACCACGUGGCGCCAGCACUUCCUCAAUGCACAUGAUUGAGAGGAAAGAAAGUUCUCUUAGAUGUUACUGCUUUUGCUCAGACUUUGCAAAAAAAAAAUAUAUAUAUAUGUAUAAAUAUAUAAUUAUUAAUCACUUUUGUCCUUGAGAAAGUCUUGAAUGAACAGAGAAUUUAUUCCAUUGCAAUAUUUGAUUGUAUAGAGGCACACUGUUUCAUCGACAGAAGAAGCAAAAAGGCUUUGUGUAAGUUUUUGGUACUAUGUACCACCUCUGUUAUUCUUUUAAAGCUGAAGUAUUCAUGUACUUAAACCAUAUUAUAUUUAAUUGUGUUUGAUUUUAAAAUAUAUAUAUAUGAAUUCUAUUUAAAAUUGUGUCAACUUUCUGCUUUCAGGGCAUUUAUGGCUCUUCUGUUGAAAUAUAUUGAUCUUUCCAAGUAUUUUCAUUUGCUUUCUAAAAACCCAGAACAUGAGCCACUACUGGACUUUGCCUUGUGUUUGGAGUGUAUGGCAUAAACCCAAGGUUUUUAUUAGGCAUCUAUGCUGUGAUUAAUUCAUUUUGUUCUUUUAACAAAAUAUUUCCAUCCACUUCACAUUGCUUCAAUCUUUAACAGAAAAGCAAUAUAAAGGUUAUAGAAUAAAAUGUGGUUUUGGGCAACUCUUGCUGCCUCUGCAUGUUUUGGAAUAACAAUUUCUACAAGACUUUAGGCUGUUUAAACUAGUGCUUUCAGUUAAGAUAAAUUCUAAUCAUUUCUUUGUAUAUACAUUUUGUGCUUCUGAGCUAGAGAUGCCAAGUAGUUGUAAACUGCUUAUAAAGAGAAUAGCAGCAAAUUUGAGACUCGGCUACUUUUUUCUGCCCCACCUGCUUUGAGACACAGAAGCAGAGUGUGGCCCGAAAUUAUUAGCCAGAUUUAAUAUUUGAUCUAAAGUAGAUCCUUGUACUCAUUUUAAAGUUGGAAUUCGAUUCCUUCAACAUGGAGCACCCACCAUGUUCCAGGCUCUGUGCAUUGUGCCCACAAAAUAAGAUUCCCUGGUGGAGUUUUUAUAGGUUCAAAUAAUCAGUUGAACACCCUUCAUCUUUAUCAUGUUGUUGACAUUGACACAAAUUGUUUAAAAAGAAAAGAUUUAGAGAGAAAGUGAUACCUUUGUAACUUGAUGUGUCUUCAUCAUUCCGUAAGAUUUGAUGAAAGUAAAAAGCAAAUGUCAGCCAAAUCCAGUGAACAGCAAUAAAACAGGGAGCAACUUUUUAUAACUUUUUCUACUUGGAUUUCAACAUUCAAUAGAGCUUUUCGAAAUGUAAGUAGUUUACAGUACUGGAGCUUUGACUAGUUCAGUAGGAAUUUGGAGGGGAAGGCCAUUCUGAAUUGUAACAAAGUACAAACUUCUUUGCUGUUUUAUUUAAGUACUGAGAGCUAAGCACCUGAUGAAGUGACUGACCUCUCUCCAGUGACAGUGUUUGGGUACCUGCCUGACUUCAGGAGUGGGGUUUAUGUUUCUACACAGUGACCUUUUCUCUCACCCUCUCCUCUCUCUUGCCCACACACCAGUUGAUUGGACCUGGGUUGAACUCCUGAUCCAGACAGGCCCAAGACAGUUCUUUAUGUUAAGAAUUUUGGGGCUGGGCACGGUGGCUCAUGCCUGUAAUCACAACACUUUGGGAGGCCGAGACAGGCGGAUCACUUGAGGUCAGGAGUUCGAGGCCAGCCUGGCCAACAUGGUAAAACCCUGUCUUUACUAAAAAUACAAAAAUUAGCUGGGCAUGGUGGCGCACGCCUGUAAUCCCAGCUACGUGAGUGGCUGAGACAGGAGAAUCGCUUGAACCUGGAGGCGGAGGUUGUGCAAUGAGCCGAGACCGCAUCACUGCAUUCCAGCGUGGGUGACAGAGGAAGACUCUGUCUCCAAAAAUAAAAAUAAGAAAAAGAAUUUUGGGCCAGGUGCGGUGGCUCACGCCUGUAAUUACAGCAUUUUGGAAUGCCAGGAGUUUGAGACCAGCCUGGCCAACAUGGUGAAACUCCGUCUCUACUAAAAAGACAAAAGUUAGCCAGAUGUGGUGACGGGCACCUAUAAUCCUAGCUGCUCGGGAGGCUGGGGCAGGAGAAUCACUUAAACCCAGGAAGCAGAGGUUGCAGUGAGCCAAGAUCGCAUCUCUGCACUCCAGCCUGGGCAACAGAGCAAGACUCUGUCUCAAAAAAAAAGAAUUUGGCCAGGCGCGGUGGCUCACGCCUGUAAUCCCAGCACUUUGGGAGGCCAAGGCAGGCAGAUCACGAGGUCAGGAGAUCGAGAUCGUCCUGGCUAACAUGGUGAAACCCCAUCUCUACUAAAAAUACAAAAAAUUAGCCAGGCAUGGUGGUGGGCACCUGUAGUCCCAGCUAUUAGGGAGGCUGAGGCAGAGGAAGGGUGUGAACCCAGUAGGCGGAGCUUGCAGUAAGCCAAGAUCGUGCCACUGCAUUACAGUCUGGGCGACAGAGCGAGACUCCGUCUCAAAAAAAUUUUGGCUGGGUGCGGUGGCACAUGCCUGCAGUCCCAGCACUUUGGGAUACCAAGGUGGGCGGAUUACCUGAGGUCAGGAGUUCAAGACCAGUCUGGCUAAUAUGGCGAAACUCUGUCUCUUACUAAAAAAAUACAAAAAUUAGCCGGGUGUGGUGGCGGGCACCUGGGGAGGCUGAGGCAGGGAGAAAUGCUUGAACCCAGGAGGCAGAGGUUGCAGUAAGCCAAGAUCACGCCACUGCACUCCAGAGCAAGACUCUCAAAAAAAAAAGAAUUUUGCAUGGGGAAGGAGAGAUACUGGUCACCAUCUGGAAUGGUGCUUGGAUGUGACACUUACAAAAUCAGGAGCCAGCACUGCACGGACAAACAGAAGUAUGUGGGCCUGAGUUCGCAGCUACCUUGAUAACCCUGAGGACAUCCUUGGUUUCUGCAUCUAUUCCUGCAUCCUUGCAUUGGACUCCAUUAAUCUGUCAGUUAUCCUUAUAAUGAUUUUUGAUUUUUUUUUUUUUUUUUUGAGAUGGAGUUUCGCUCUUGUUGCCCAGGCUGGAGUGCAAUGGCAUGAUCUCGGCUCACCACAACCUCCACCUCCCAGGUUCAAGUGAUUCUCCUGUCUCAGCCUCCCGAGUAGCUGGGAUUACAGGCAUGCACCACCACACCUGGCUAAUUUUGUAUUUUUAGUAGAGACGGGGUUUCUCCAUGUUGGUCAGGCUGGUCUCGAACUCCCAACCUCAGGUGAUCCCCCUAUCUCGGCCUCCCAAAGUGCUGGGAUUACAGGCUUAAGCCGUGGUACCCGGUCUGUUUUUUGAUUUUUUGAAACCAGUCUGAAGUGAGUUUUUUUAAUUACAUGAAAGAAGUUUGGCUAAAAUACUGCCAGACUGCCCUAAUCCCUAAUGAUUAUGUAUUCUCAGCAUGUCUGCAAAGUACUGCCGAUUUCAGGAGAAUAAUUUUUCUUUAGUAAACUAUACUUAGUCAUCAUGUGUAUUCUCUCAAAAUGGUAUCCUAAUCUAAUGGAGCUAAAAGACACCCCUUGUUUUUAAUAACAAGCAGUUACUGAGGCCCAGGAAAGGGAGAAGUCCCUGGCUUGUGAGAUGAUCACCAUUAGAACUCAGGCCUGGGCCAGUGCCUUUUCAUGCUUCUCAAAUCCUUCCAAAGAAUAAUGAGGAUUAUAACCGCUUUUAGCAAUUGUAAUAAACCCAGAAAUAGAAAGCUUUUUGGUUAGAGUACUGGUAGAAGUUUGGGGGGAGAGAGAAUUUUUAUAAAAUUCGUAAAUACCUGCCAAUUCUAUGUACUAGGCAAGGUCUCUGGCCUUUGCUGGAGCCAUAAAGUGGGAAGGAACCCCAGUGAAACCCCUCAAGGUUACAACUUUGGUGGCCCACAUUAAUAGUUACCCACUGAGGCCCUCUCCCGGUGAACAUUGAGUACUAGAGGAAGCCCCUCUGCUUGGGCAGGACUGGGCAUGGUGCAGAGUAGGAGCGGUGAUACUGUGGAUUCUGGGCAGUUAGAGAUGGCCAGUGAUGUCCAAUAAAGGACACUGGAGGGAGCAGUGUGAGUAAAGGCCCUGAGGGCAUUCGUGUUCAGGGAGGGUUGCUGCCCAAUGGCUUGCUUGGCACACAGGAGAGUGGGUAUUCCUGCCUUAGUACCUUUAUGUAAACAAGUAUUUCCUCAGUCUGUUCCUCUCAAACUGCCUGUUCUGGCACAUUAAGGAUGUCACAGAAUUCACCUGGAUGCAUUCAGCCCCUUGCCUAAAGGUAACAGUGCAUCUCCUUCCUCACCCCACCCCUCAUACCACUGAAGCACCUGUUGGACUGGCCCAGUCUGUGGGCAAGGAGCCUAGAGAGAGGUCUUAGUUUCAGCUUGAAAGGAGCUGGGAUUUACCAAGAAGCAAAUGAGAGACGAGGAUUGCAACAACUGUGCCAUUUCCCCAGCUUCAGCUAAGUCCUGUAUAUUGACUGUGCCUUCAGACUCAUCCAUAAGUUACCCUAGGCUGGCCUCUCCCACAUCACAGUAAGAAUUCCACACACCAUGCAACUUGGAACGAGGCUCCAGCUGAAGGAAGCACCACACUUCUUUCAAGUUUUUCUUAGUUUUCUCUUCUUGGCAAAGAGUACCUUUUGUUUUUUCUAAUUAUGUAACUAUUGGUUUAGUAAAUAUUCACCCAUGCAGGCACCUUGGAGCUUGCAUUCUAUUGAAGAGGUAAUGGAAGUUGGGAUAGCAGCUAAACUGUGCUGGUAUUGGCCAGGCGCAGUGGCUCACACCUGUAAUCCCAGCACUUUAGGAGGCCGAAGUGGGCGGAUCAUGAAGUCAGGAGAUCGAGACCACCUGGCUAACACAGUGAAACCCCGUCUCUACUAAAAAUACAAAAAGUUAGCCGGGUGUGGUGGCGGGCACCUGUAGUCCCAGCUACUCGGGAGGCUGAGGAAGGAGAAUGACGUGAACCCGGGAGGUGAAGAUUGCAGUGAGCCGAGAUCGCACCACUGCACUCCAUCCUGGGCGACAGAGCAAGACUCUGUCUCAAAAAAAAAAAUGUGCUGGUAGUUUUGAUUCAAGAUGGCCUUUUGAGCCCAUGAUUUACGUCUCUUACCCACCAAGGUCUACUGGAAAUCAUCAGGCUCUCCUGCUAUAGACCCAUAGGGAGAGCUGCAGCUGAGAGGGGGAGCUUGAAGAGAGGUCCCCCUUCUGUGUCCUGUCAGCCUCAUCUUUCCACAAGGACCAGUUGCUGCGCCACUCCGUUCACUUGCUGCAAGACUGGAGGUUUUUCCUCAGGUGUUGAGCACCUGGUUGACAAGAUGUCAGCAUCUUGAUGCCUGAGACCAUCAAGGCAAGUCUCUGAACAGGGCUUACGUUAGAGUAAGGCUUAGAAGAGGCCAUAAAGUCAGUCUCAGCUCCAUGGCUCUGCAGAGCUUUGGGACAUGUGAAUUCUUAAAAACAAGACUAUUGUACAAUUACUAUAUGCAUGCAGUAUAAAAUCAUGACCUUGGAAAAUCCUAGCUAGCUGUUGAGCUAAUUCCAUAAAGUAAUCAGCUCCCGAGUUCUGCAGUGGUAAUAAUAAUCAGCAUAAUGAGUAAACACUGUGUGUGCCAGGCAGCAUCUCAUUUGAUCCUUGUGACAAUCUUAAGUACUGAUUUUCUCCCUUAUUUAAACAAAGUUUGUUUUUUUUUUGAGAGAGGGUCUCACUAUGUUGCCCAGGCUAGUCUUGAAUUCCUGGCCUCAAGCACUCUUCCCAUCUCAGCCUCCCAAAGUGCUGGGAUUAUAGGUGUGAGCCACCAUGCCUGGCCAUUUUUUCCCUUCUUAGAAAGGAGAAGAUAAGCUUAAGAGGUAAAGGAGGCCGGGCGUGGUGGCUCAUGCCUGUAAUCCCAGCACUUUGGGAGGCCGAGACAGGCGGAUCACGAGGUCAGGAAAUCGAGACCAUCCUGGCCAACUCCAUCUCUACUAAACUCCAUCUCUACUAAAAUACAAAAAAUUAGCUGGGCGUGGUGGCGCAAGCCUGUAAUCCCAGCUACUCGGGAGGCUGAGGCAGGGGAAUCACUUGAACCCGGGAGGCAGAGGUUGCAGUGAGCCGAGAUCGCGCCACUGCACUCCAGCCUGGCGACAGAGCAAGACACCAUCUCAAAAAAAAAAAAAAAAAAAAAAAAAAAAGAGGUAAAGGAAUUUCUCCAGGGUCUCGGCCAGGGGAAACUGCCCUCUUACUCACAACUGUGCUAUCCUGCAAAUGUCCUCUUCCUUCUCUCAUUUUCCUGCUUAUUGGUACUCACCACAGACAAGUAUAGAAGAUAUCAAAAACUUCAUAAAAAAAUUAGAGGGAUUCACUUUAAAAUGGAAAACAUCCCAUCUAUCUACCUUAAAGCAGUGGUUCUUAAAUUUUCACAUGCAUCAGGAUCCCCUGGAGGACUUGUGAAAAUGUGCAUCAUUGGGCCUAACCCCCGAAGUUUCUAAUUUAGUAGGUCUGGGGUGGUGCAAGAAUUUGCCUUUUUUUUUUGUUUGUUUGUUUGUUUGUUUGUUUUCUGAGACAGAGUCUCAUUCUGUCGCCCAGGCUGGAGUGCAGUGACAGGAUCUCGGCUCACUGCAACCUCCGCCUCCUGGGUUCAAGCAGUUCUCUGCCUCAGCCUCCUGAGUAGCUGGGACUACAGGCGCCUGCCACCAUGCACGGCUAAUUUUUGUAUUUUUAGUAGAGGCGGGGUUUCACCAUCUUGGCCAGGCUGGUCUGAACUCCUGACCUCGUGAUCCACCCACCUCGGCCUCCCAAAGUGCUGGGAUUACAGGCAAGAAUUUGCAUUCUUAACAACUUCCCAGAUGCCGCUGCUCUGGAGACCAUACUUUCAAGAAUCCCUGCCUUAAAAUCUUUCCUGUGAGUUGGGAAAUGAAUAUUUUCAUCCCCUUUUAUUGGGAAUGACCAUGCUAUGCAGAAAUGUAAUUUGAGACCUAUUAUUUGUGACUCACCCAAACAAGCACAUAAAUCCUUUACUAUUCAGAUGUUUAUCAAAGCUGAGAACACCCAAACACCAUUGUAGUUUCUCAGUCUCUGGUUGCCUAGGCAGAUCUGAAGCCAUCAAAACAAGUCUCUUGCUGGGAUGAGGCUUAGAAGAGGCCACAGACCAGUUUCAGCCACAUAGUCAUCAGCUCCCCAGCCCCUUUGCUGGGAACAGUGCCCUUGACAGUCCAGGCUGAAACUUGCGGCUGUUGGGAUCAUACCCAAGGUUCCAGUGGAACCUUUCACACAAAUCCCGUCUGGUUCAUUUUCUUUCCGUUUGUACCUCAGGUCCUCAGUUCUCUCUGAGGUCCUGACCAUGCCUUUCCUGGCCUGUCUUUCCUUCGCUGACCUCCUUUUCAAGUCCCUCCCAGAGGAUGCUCAUACCUUAGUCUUUUCUUUCCCUCUUCCUUCAUCUCUCUAUUUCUUCAUCAGGUAUGUAUUUCCUGAGAGCCUAUUAUAUGCCUGUUGUAGUUGCUGGGGAUACAGCAGUAUCCCGGACAAACACUGCCUGCCCUCCUUGCAGUCCAGAAAGCAAGCAAUGACCACUCAAUGGGAUGAGUGCUACUAGACAGUAAGGGACCUGUGGGGGGCAGUUUAGGUGCCCUCCCUCAACCCUGCAGUUUACAGACUUUGUGACCAUCUCACUCUUUCUCUAGGACUUGCCCAUUCUGCAAGUCUCAAGACACCAUUUCUUCCCAGUCCUGACUACCCCACACCCCAUCAUCAUUGUCCAUAGCGCCCACUCCCAGCCAUUGCUGCUUCCACAGCCUUGCCACCUGAAACUGCCCUUUCACUUCUGCCAUCUGCUCAGCUCCAGGCCGCUCCUGCCUGUUUCUCCAAGUCCUCCAUCUACCACUCCCAGGUUUCUUCACUUCCUGGGAUGUUCCCACCCCAGGAACAUCACUGUCCAUGAUGGCAGUCUGCCCAGCAAUCUGGCCUGUUCCCAAGACUGGUGUUUCACUCCUCGGUCGCACCCGUAACCGAACUUGGUGAUCUCCUGCAACUGCUCUACCUCUGGUUUCUCCUCACAUACUACCCACAGCAACCUCAAACAAUGAGGUUUUGUACCAUUAUAGAGUCCUCUUAUUGGAAUGGAUUAGAGGGGAAGGAAGAAACUUAGUCAUACCAGGAAAAUCAUUCCCUCACUAUUGCAAGAGUUAGGUUUCAUAAUCUGCCUUUCAAAGAGCAAUUACAAAAGCAAUAAGUGAUUUUGUUGUAAGGAUUACAAAUACACCUACCUGAUUAAUUGGGGGCCGGGGAGGAUGGUCCUAAUGUGGUGACUUGGGUCAAACUUUCCAGUGAGUCAGACAUGUAUUUGAGAAGUGCUGCAUCUCAGACAGCUCAGAUGCAAGUGAACGAGCUACACUUUGAGAAAUGGACUCUAGAUAUCAUGAAGACGUUGAUGUCCAAGAUGCAUGUAGAGAGUGAAUAAAAUUGUUACUUGAAAUGUGAGAAUGGGAAAAAAGCAAUAUUUUGUAUUAAUGUAUUAUAUAUAAUGUUAUUUUAAAUAUGCAUGUGUAACUAAAGUAAUAAAUUAGAUAUUAUAACUAGA